UACUUCAUAUUCGUUGCUGAAACUUUAGUGAAUUGCUAAGAUAAUUUAGUGGCUAUUGCUGUUUUUGUCUAUUUAUGAAUAAAAUGGUGAGAUUGUUUCAGAGCUAAUAACUUUAUUGGUUUGUGUCCAUCAAAUCUGCAACAGUGUUGUUAAAGGCUUCCUAUAAGCGCGGUUAAGCUUGAAGCUCAGGUUGUGUGCUUCUGCUCGCUUAAUUGCGGCUUUGGUGUAGGCUUUAAGGUGCUAAGACGUGUGCACCCUCACCUUGGGGUUAUGUCUUGAAGGGAACAACAUCAAAUAUAUAGCUGAAUAGAUGUAUCAAGUAGAUAUUGAUCAUGGGCAAGAGAAGCAGCCACGUCCCCUUGCUGCAGAUGGGGGCGAGGAAUCAAUCCAUGCAGUUGGACAAGAGGGGAUGGCUCAACAAACCCAUCUUGAGAGGAGAAAGGGGAAAUUGGCUUCCAAGUUUACUCUGGUGAAUAUUUCCACUAAUCUACUAUUGGCAUACCAAAGUCUGGGGGUGGUAUAUGGAGAUGUGAGCACUUCUCCGCUUUAUGUCUAUAGGAGCAUCUUUGUGGGGAAGUUGCAAAAUCAUCAGAAUUCAGAAGCGAUAUUUGGAGCAUUUUCACUGAUCUUCUGGACAAUAACGCUCAUUCCUCUGCUCAAAUAUGUGUUCGUUGUAUUAAGUGCAGAUGAUAAUGGUGAAGGUGGUACAUUCGCUCUUUACUCUCUGCUAUGUAGACAUGCAAAAUUUAGUCUACUUCCCAACCAGCAGGCAGCAGAUGAGGAGCUAUCUGCUUACAAAUAUGGCUUCUCUGGGCAGUCGACAGCAUGUUUACCAUUGAAGAGAUUUCUUGAGAAGCAUAAGAAGUCACGCACAGUACUGCUUAUUGUUGUAUUGUUAGGUGCUUGUAUGGUCAUAGGAGACGGUGUUCUGACUCCUGCAAUGUCAGUUAUAUCAUCAAUAUCAGGGAUCCAGGCUGCUACUGAACAUCUAUCUCAUGGUGGUGUGCUACUUCUUUCUUGCAUAAUAUUGGUUGGCCUGUUUGCUCUACAGCAUUCUGGAACCCACAGGGUUGGAUUCUUGUUUGCACCUAUAGUGACUAUUUGGUUGAUAUCUAUUUUUGUCAUUGGGCUGUAUAAUACUAUAUUUUGGAAUCCCAAAAUUGUAUCUGCUCUUUCUCCAUAUUAUAUCAUCAAGUUCUUUAAGGAAACUGGGAAAGAUGGUUGGAUUUCUCUAGGAGGUGUGCUCCUCUCAAUUGCAGGUACCGAAGCUAUGUUUGCAGAUCUUGGUCAUUUCACUGCCUCCUCAAUGAGGAUUGCAUUUCCAUUUUUUGUAUACCCUUGCUUGGUGGUACAGUACAUGGGCCAAGCUGCUUUCCUGUCCAAAAACAUUGCUUCUAUUCCAAAUAGCUUCUAUAAUUC